GAGGUUUUUCUUGGGGCUCUUGGCAAGCACGCGCUUGCCAACGUCCAGCUGGUGCUCAGCUGCUCGGUGUUUUCCGACCUUGCCAUGGAGAAGGCGGAGAAGAUGAAGAAGGUGACGCGGGAGCCCACGAUGUGCGAAAUGCUGGGCAUGGCCGGAGACUUCAGCCAUUUCAACAAGGCGGAUCCGUUCCACGUGAAGAAGCGCGGCUCCUCUUACAGGACAGAGAUUCGUGCAGGCAUCACCACAUUCCUUGCCAUGGCCUACAUUCUGCCAGUGAACAGCGGCAUGCUUUCCAUUGCUAUGGGUGGCUACCGCCAGCAGCUGGUGUGUGCCACAGCGCUGGCCGCUUGCAUCGGCUGUACCUUGAUGGGGCUCUUGUCCAACCUGCCUUUCAUGCUGGCGCCUGGCAUGGGCACCAACGCCUUCUUCACCUUCACGGUGGUUUUGACCAACGGCGCGCCCUGGCGCGCCGCGCUGGCCGCGGUGUUUCUGGCCGCCUGGGUCUUCGUGGUGCUGAGCCUCACGGGGCUGCGCACGCUGCUGGUGCGGCUCUUCCCCCACGGUGUGAAGAACGCCAUUGGCGCUGGCGUGGGGCUGUUUCUGACCUUCAUCGCGUUUCAAGGCUCCGAAGGUAUGGGCCUCACUGUGGACAACCCCGCCACACUGGUGGGUCUCAACUCCUUGAGCCCCAAGAACUACGACGCCGCCAAGCUCUGGCUGAGCUUGGCUGAGCUGUGCCUCGCUGGAGUGCUUAUGGUGGCCAAUAUCCGCGGAGCACUGCUUAUUGGCAUCUGCUUUGGCACCGUGGUGUGCUGGAUCGAGGGAGCCGUGAAUGGUGUGGAGCAUACACACCUGGGCUAUCCCUUUGGGAGCUUGGGAGACAGGUCAGUGCAGGGCUUCCGCAUCUACUUGCCCGAGGGCUUUGUGAGUGCUCCCACGCUGGAGGGCCUCGUGGGCACUGUGUUUGAAGGCUUCAGCGCCUUGUCGGACCCCACGACCGCGGCGACGUUCUGGACGGCGGUCUUCACCUUCUGCUACACGGACCUUCUGGACUCUUCUGGCACCUUCAUUGCCGUAGCCAAGGUGGCUGGCCUGAGUGACUCCCGUGGCAACGUCCCCGCCGCGAAGCAGAACAUGGCGUUCCUCGCUGACGCGUGCGCCGGGAUGAUCGGCUCCCUGCUGGGGGUCUCCACGGUGGGUACCUUCGCCGAGAGCUCCGCCGGCGUGGCGGACGGCGCCAAGACGGGCCUGGCGCCGCUGGUCACGGGCACGUGCUUCUUCCUGUCUGUAUUCUUCUCGCCCAUUGUGUCUGCCGUGCCGCCGUUGGCUUCGGGCCCAGUGUUGGCGCUGAUCGGAGUGACGAUGAUGAGCUCUAUCAAAGACAUGGACUGGAAGAACGCAGAGGAGGCCAUCCCUGCCUUCAUCGCCAUCGUCACCAUGCCCUACUGCUUUAGCAUCGGCUACGGUAUCGUUGCUGGACUGGGCUGUUGGCUCUUCUUCCAAAUUCUGCUGGCGCCCAUUCGGCUGUGGCGCAAAGAGAGCCCAUUCGUGCGCUUCCAGG